AAUGCACACACACACACACAUAUAAGCAUAUAUAUUAAUAAACAAAAAGAAAAACAAAUUCCAUUAAAAAGAUAAAAUAAAACAGCACUAAUUCCGUAUAUCAAAGUGUUUUUCGAAAUAUAAAAUAUUAAUUGAACUAAACAAAGAUUGGCUGAAGAAUGCGCAAAGCUGUGUUCGUGCACAAACGGUAUCGUCGCAAACUGUAAAAACGAUGAAACGUGGCUAUAAGAGAAGACGAAAAGUGGUUUCGCCGGUGCAAAAACUCUGCUAAGAGUCGGCAAACCCUUGUCAAAACGCAACUGUAAUACUAAAAUAAAUAAAAGUUUAAAGUUCAAAAAGAACUAGAACAGAAAUAGCAUAAUAAAGGAUAGAAGAAGACGUGACAAAAUUACUAUUGAAUUUCAAGAAAAAAUAUCUAAAUAAAAAUAAAAAUGGAUAUAUAAAAUAAAAUAUGAAAAAUAAAUAAAUAAAUAAAUAAUAAAUAAAUAAAUAAAACUAAGUGUGAAAGAACUCUCAACGCCAGUGAAACAUAAAAAAACUUAAACAAUAUAAGGCGUCAAUUAAUUUUACCGUAACAAAAUGGAAAGUAAAGCGAAUGUAACAGCACACGCGCAAGGCCACAAACCAACUCAUUUCAAAUAAACCUAACGAAAGCUUGUGGGCAGCUAGGACAAGAGCAAACAAGGAAAGCAGCAGCGAGUUAAGUUAACAACGAAGCGCCGAAAAAUUACAAACACUUAAGAAAAUAAGCGCCGAAUCUGCAAAAGACUGCUGAAAGGUUAUACAAAUUGCAAAAAAAAAAAAAACAUUCCAAAAAUAUUAGAAAAAUCUCCACAAAACUUAAACAAAUAAAUCAAAUAUUAAAAAAAAGCAAAGUAAAAUAAAAAUUGUAACAUAAAGUCAGAAUAAAAGCAAAAAUUAUUUCAAAACCAAGCAAACAACGAGACUGAUAGACGAAGCGCAGGCGAUAACGAUAACGAAGUUGCUGCUUACACUUGACAAACCAACUAAGUAACAAAACAACAACAAAAACCAGUCGAAACAAAUACAACCGAGAAAUAAAGCCAACAAAUAAAAUUCCCUUAAACUCCCACGUAUUUGGCUCAACGAAGAGGAUACAUUGACAUACAAACAACUAAGCAAGUGUAGUGUGAAGGCAGAUACAGAAGAAUAAGAAGAAGUAGAAAACGUAGAAGGGAAAUAAGAAGAAGCAGCGGUGAUAAGGAAGAGAACAAAAAAAAAUAUGUUCGGAAAGGAAACGAGAAAUUUACAAUAAUAAAAGCUAAUAAUAGCAAUAACAAUAAUAGCUGCAAGCGCUACACACACACACAUACACGCAGGCAAGCACAUGUACAGCAGUCUUGUUUUAAUAAUACAUACAAAAUAAUAUAUACAAAAGCAUACAAGCAGCUGAGUGCACAAGCUUAAUCAAAUGUAGCUUCGUAUAUCAUAAAAACGAUCGUAUAAAAUAUAUUUGCGAAAGAAAAAAGAAUAAUUAUUACAAAAAUUCUACCGACAAAAUAUCAACAACCAACAAAUAUUCUAACCAAAGAAAGGUCACCGUGUGUAGCAGCAUUUCAGGCGUGGGCACGAGCACAUACAACGACAAAAAAGCGUAUGCUUGAAAUCUACGCGCAUACAUACGCACGCACACACACACGCCAAAACUACAAACAUCACAUUCGUAUCAUGUAUAACACGUUUAUUCUGCUGCUUCAUGUGCAUUUGGCUCUAGGUGGGAAUGACGACACGACAGCGGGUUGGCCAAGCAUAUCUGGCGUUCACAGUGAAGUCAAGCAUGGCUCGGCACGGCAGUUACUGGGCUCCAGUUUUAUGCGCGACAGUAUUGCGCUGCACCAUCAACAGCAGGAACAACGACGUUUUGGCGCUGGCGCAAGCAGUAAGGGUACUGGCGGCAGAGCAGGAGGCGGAGGCAGCGCUAUUAUGGCACUCAAACAAAAGCAAACACAACAGGAUACCCAUCAUCCAUAUCACAUAAGCCACGCCGAUGAUGAUGAUGAAGAUAUGCAUCCAUCUGACUUUCCGCCGCAUGAGCAUCCCGAUGCUGAUUAUUUUGCACAAUAUGCACCUGAACUCUACACGACAGAAUCACAGCAGUCAUCACAUGAAAUACAAAGUAAUAACAAUAAUAACGAGGGCGGCCUUACGGGUGCGGGUGGUACUUUUGGCGAGCUACCCAAACAUCGGGAUGUUGGUGCACGUAGCGGCAUUAGUCGCACAGAUCUUUACGGUGUACGUGAAUCUGGUGAUCGGCGCGGCGAAAUGACCCGCGGUCGUGAGGGUUUCUUGAAUAUGCGUCACCAUAAGGAGAAGGUAUUUCGGCCGCAUGUUAAUAUCGUACACGAUGAAACCCGUCUAAUGAGUCCGAAUGAUGGUUAUGCGCGUAGCUGUCAAACCGUUUGCAGCGGUACGCAAUGGCGUUGUCCCUCCACAUGUACCUGUAUUAAUCAGAGUCAACGAUGUGAUAAGCAAAAUGAUUGUGAUGAUGGGGCCGAUGAGUUUGAUUGUGAGCUCUUGGGUGAUAUGUUGCAUAAAUUGCAAAGGGAUUGUGAACAGACGGGCCGGCAUGUGCUGUGUCCGCGCACAUAUCGUUGCAUCAACAAGGAAUGGCUGUGUGAUGGUGAUGAUGAUUGUGGUGACUAUUCGGACGAGACACAUUGUGGUGCGAAUGUGGCGCGCACCAAUUGUACGGAGGAGGAUCAGUUUGAGUGUCAAAAUGGCUUUUGUAUACCAAAACAGUGGGUUUGUGAUGGUGAAAAUGAUUGCAAGGACUUCUCGGAUGAAACGCAUUGCAAUCGUACAAGUUGCUCCUCCGAACACUUCACUUGCAAUGACGGCUACUGCAUUUCGAUCGCCUUUCGUUGUGAUGGCGAACGUGACUGUAACGACAACUCGGAUGAGUUGAAAUGUCCCGCGGUCUUCAAUCGCUGUCCGGAAGGUGAAUUUAAAUGCCGUGGCAGUCAUGGCGGUCCAAGUGGUCAAUGUAUCCUGAAUAGAUUUCAUUGUGAUGGCGAUAAUGACUGUGGCGAUUGGAGUGAUGAAGAGGAUUGUCCACAAAAGCCAUCCGACUGCACUUCCAGCGAAUUCAAGUGUACGGAUGGUAGUUGCAUACCGAAGCGCUGGAAAUGUGAUAAAGAACAGGACUGCGAGGGAGGUGAAGAUGAACAUGAUUGCGGUAAUAUGAAUGCGAACUCCUCGGCAAAAUGUGGCCCAGAUGAGUUUACAUGUCAAAACGGCCGUUGUAUAUUGAAUACUUGGCUUUGCGACGGCUAUCCGGAUUGUUCGUCAUCCGAGGAUGAGGUCGAGUGUCCUCUACAAUGCGACCCGGGUCAAUUCUUGUGCCCAGCUAAGAAGAAUAUCACUAAUUUGAAAAUCUGCGUGCACCAAAAGCAUGUGUGCGAUGGCCAGAACGACUGUCCGUUGGGUGAGGACGAAGUGAACUGUCCACAUCCACGUACUUGCGGUGAAGAUUCUCGCUGCGAGCAGCUGUGCAUAACCACCGCAAGGGGUCGCGAGGAGUGCGCGUGUAAUUUGGGUUUCUUGAUGCAUGAAAACCGCCGAAACUGCACCGACAUCGACGAAUGCCAAUACAUCACUAGUCCGGUUUGCUCACAAAAAUGCGAUAAUACCUACGGCUCUUUCAGAUGCUCUUGCGAAACCGGUUAUGUGCUACGUCCAGAUCUGCGCACAUGUAAGGCGCUUGGCGGUGCUAUGACCUUAGUUGUCGCUAACCGUUGGGAUAUCCGACGAGUUCAGUUGAGCAACAACCGUUAUUCGGCCGUGGUGAAGGGCUUACACAAUGCUAUUGCACUUGAUUAUCAUUACCGCAAGAGUUAUCUCUUCUGGUCGGACGUCUCCACAGACGUAAUUAAGAUGGUUCACAUGAAUGGCUCACGUGUGCGUGAUGUUAUAAAGUGGGGCUUGGAAUCACCUGGUGGACUGGCAGUCGAUUGGAUACAUGAUCUGCUCUUCUGGACGGAUUCGGGCACACGUCGUGUAGAAGUUUCCAACUUCCUGGGUACACUGCGUGCCGUUAUAGCCUCAAAUGACUUGGACAAGCCACGUGCGAUUGUUAUUCACCCAGGCGAGGCGAUGGUAUUCUGGAGUGAUUGGGGCCCUCGACCUAAAAUCGAACGUGCUUAUAUGGACGGCUCUCAGCGGCAGGUCAUCAUAACGAAUGGUGUCACUUGGCCCAAUGGUCUCACCAUCGACUAUCCCAGCCGCAAGCUGUACUGGGCUGAUGCGAAACAACAUGCGAUUGAAUCCUCAAACUUUGACGGCUCGGAACGUGUGAAGAUAUUGAGCAGUCACCUGCCACAUCCGUUUGCAUUAACUAUAUUCGAGGAUACCAUGUACUGGACGGACUGGAAUACAAAGACCGUUUCGGCGGCGAAUAAAAUCACCGGCAAGGGUUUCCGUGCGGUGCAUGAAAAUUUCCACUUCCCAAUGGACAUACAUGCUUACCAUCCUGCACGUCAGCCCGACUACCCGGACCGUUGUCAGAAGGACAGACGUGGCCUUCGCGGUGGUUGCUCGCACUUGUGCUUGCCGAAUAAGUUGUCGCGACGUUGUGGCUGCCCCAUCGGUCUGUCGCUGAAGGAAGACAGUAAAACCUGCAAAAGCAUACCCGAUAAACUGGUUCUCGUUGCACGCAAAAAGGACAUACGCCUACGUCAACUUAACUCCAAAUCGUCCGCUCCGAAUGAGGUUGAUAUGAUUCUACCUUUAGACUACAUGAAGCAUGCCGUCGCCCUGGAUUGGUGUAGUGAAACGGACUAUAUCUAUUGGACUGAUGUGGAACGUAGCACGAUAAAUAAGGCUCAUCUCAAUGGUAGCUAUCAACAGCGUGUAGUACAUUCAAAUCUCGUCUCGCCAGCUGGUUUGGCUUUGGACUGGAUCACAGAUAAACUUUACUGGACAGAUCCGGCGACGAAUCGCAUUGAAGUGGCAACAACAAAUGGCAAAAAGCGUACUCUACUAAUUUGGGAGAAGCUCGAUAAGCCGCGGGAUAUUGUCGUGAAUCCGAUAGAGGGUUUCAUGUUCUGGUCUGAUUGGGGUGAGCACGCUAUGAUAGAGCGUGCCAAUAUGGACGGUAAGGAGAGAACUAUCAUUGCGGACACGAAUCUCAUAUGGCCCAAUGGACUGGCGAUUGACUACGAUCUACAGCGUUUGUACUUUGUGGAUGGUGGCACCAAGACGCUGGAGAGCAUGGACUUUGACGGUGGCAAGCGAAAAAUUAUAUUGGACAACCUCGGUCAUCCUUUCGGCCUGGACAUCAGCGAAAACCGUGUUUUCUGGACAGAUUGGGAAAAUCGAUCCGCCUUCAGUGCUGACAAGCUCACGGGCCGGAAUAUAACAACAAUUAUAGCAAAUACCAGUGACUUGAUGGAUAUACGUGUGUUUCAUCGUUCACGCACGAGCAUACAGAAUGCAUGCGGCAGCAAUAAUGGCGGUUGCUCGCACCUCUGUCUGCUGAAUCCGACAAGUUUCACUUGCGCGUGUCCCGUAGGGGUGCAGUUGAAGAGCGAUCUGCGUACGUGCGCCGAGGGACCAAGCCGUUUCAUAAUCUUCGCCCAUCGCAUCGACAUACGACAGAUCUCCUUAGACUUUGCACACUUCAUCGAUGUCGUGCUGCCUAUGCCGCCCAUUGGCAAUGCUGUUGCCUUGGAUGUGGAUACAACGACGGGUGUCAUCUACUGGUCGGACUCAAAACAACAUGUCAUCAUGAGCUCCACACCGGAUGGACUGAAUGUGCAUAAAAUUAUUGGCGACAGUUUGGAUAAUCCCGAUGGCUUAAUUGUGGAUUCUGUUGGCAAAACGAUCUAUUGGGCCGACGCUGGUCGUCACACCAUAGAGGUCGCCUCCUUGGAGGGUAAAAAUCGCCAUGUAAUCGCCUACAAAGAAUUGGAAUCACCACGUGGUCUCGCCGUGGACUACGAGGCUGGCCUGCUGUUUUGGACCGAUUGGGGUCACUAUCGUAAAAUCGAACGUUCACAUAUGGAUGGUGAGAGUCGUCAACGAAUUGUCACUUCCAAUCUUGGUUGGCCCAAUGGUCUCUCACUGGACCUGAAGACAAAGCGUAUUUACUGGGUUGAUGCACAAUUGAAGACUAUCGAUUCCUGCGAUUAUACAGGUAAUCAACGGAAAUUGAUUAUGUCAGCAUUGCAUCAUCCCUAUGCCUUGGCCAUGACGGAUGAUUACAUCUAUUGGACCGAUUGGAAAUCGAAGGCUCUACAUAUGACCGAACGUCGUAAUAUAACCGCAAAGCGCGAAAUUAUGACCAACAUUGAUGGACUGAUGGAUAUUAAGGUUAUAAUGGUCAAUGAGACGCUACCAGCGAACGUGUGUGGUGAAAACAAUGGAGGCUGCUCACAUCUGUGUCUACGCAAUCCGAGUGGAUAUUCAUGUAAAUGCCCGAUUGGACUCAAGUUGCUGGAGGGCAGCAAGACACAAUGCCAAACAUUACCAGAUGAGUACCUGCUCAUUGCACAACGCUCUGGCAUUGGUAUGAUCUCACUAAAUAUGCCCGACUACAUGGAUGUCGUACUACCGAUUAACGCUGUGCAUGGUGCCGUCGUGCUCGACUUUCAUUAUCGCAAGAAUUUGCUCUUCUUUGCCGAUGUAAAUUCAGACGUUAUAAGGCGUGUAGAUCUCACGAAUCUCACUAAUAGUAGAACAAUUAUAAAUCGUGAAUUAUUAACUCCCAAUGGGAUUGCAAUCGAUUGGAUCGCCGAUAAUCUAUAUUGGUCCGACACGGACCGGAAAGUGAUUGAAGUGGCACGUUUGGAUGGCAGUUGCCGCAAAGAGCUCAUCUCAGAUGAUUUAGGCGAUCCACGUUCAUUGAUCGUGCAUCCACGUAAGGGGUUGUUGUUCUGGUCUGAUUGGGAUGCACCGGCGCGUAUAGAACGUAGUUUGCUGGAUGGUUCGAAUCGCACAAUAAUUGUGACUGAGAAUUUGGGCUUUCCCACCGGCCUCACCUUGGACUUUGAUAAUCGCCGCUUAUUCUGGGCCGACGCUUUGGAAGAUAAUAUUGCAUCCGUGGACUUUAAUGGCAAACGCAGAACAAAGAUUAUUGAGUUCGCGACACAUCCUUUUGGUCUCACAAUUUUUGAGGGCAACAUUUACUGGACCGAUUGGUACAAUAAAUCUGUCUACCGUUCAUAUCGUAAAGGCCGCGGUUAUGGCAAUCCAAUUGAGAUACGCGAUUCAUUGAGUGGCGCUCUCGAUAUACGUGCGGUCUCAAUUAAACGUCAACCAGAGGAUUGGAAUCAAUGCGUUCAAGAUAAUGGCGGUUGUACGCAUCUUUGUCUUUAUCGUGGCUCCGAUUAUGCGUGUGCUUGUCCCGAUUAUCCAGAUGCACAUGAAUGUAAGACGAUACCUAAAUUUGUAGUGCCACGUCCGAACGGCGGUGACAAUUCGGCUGAUUACACCGAAGAGACGACGGACAGCGAGGGCGACUCAGCAGAACUUGACGACGAUACACUAGAAGCCAGCAACAAUGCUAGUGAGCGUAAGAAAAAUAUAAUCAUUGGUAUUUGUAUUUUAUCGGUAUUCCUGAUCAUAGUCUUAACGGCCAUAGUGGUGAUCAUUUUCAAUUCGAAACGAAAUAAAACGAAAAGGCAUUCGCGUGGUUCCAGCCGUUCUGUCUUGACCUUCUCAAAUCCGAAUUAUAAUGUCGAUGGCACACCGAUGGAACCGAAAACGAAUAUAUGGAAACGUUUCAAAUAUGACAAAUCGCAUGAACGUGUCUACGAAGAGCGCAGCAUGACCACCGAGACUGCAUCGUCAAGCCUCUUCGUACCGACGCCAUCACCCAUGGCAUCGCCUUCCACAAAAUUAACGACACUCUCAACGAUAACGUAAACCGCAAGAAAUCGUGAGAGGAACAAUUUACAACAACAAGUAACAAAACUAUAAGGACCUGGUGCAACAGUGCUAACAAGUCCAAAAACAAAAAACAAACAAAAUAAGAGAAAAGCGAAACGCAAAACAUAAAUAUGCUGAAGCCGAAUUAACUUCAAGUAAUUACGGUAACAGCUUUUCCCAUAAACAAAUACAAAAUACGCUGGGAGAAACAAUUCUAAAUAUAUACAUAUGUAAUAUGUAACGGAAAGUUUGGUUAGAAAAGAAGAAGAAUAAAUGUUAGUGUAGCGAGUAUUGAGAGAGACAUGUCUUAUAAAUUUCAUAUUAACUAUAAUAUAAUUGUUUAAGUGUCAACUAA